AUGCGAUCGCCACCGACGGAUAUGACAAACGAAGAAGAAGUGUCCGCUUAUAUUAAAGAAAGAAUAUGUGUGUACAAUAAUUUUCCUAAGCCUGGUGCAAAUUUUAGCGAUGUCACGUCGCUACUCUUGGAUCCUAUUGCCUUCCAAGUUGCCAUUGACGCUCUUAAAAUGAGAUAUGUGGACCUUGGCAUCACGCAUGUUGUGAGUACCGAGUCGCGAGGAUUUAUUUUUGGCGCGCCAUUGGCUUUGGCACUACAGGCCGCUUUUGUGCCAGUACGUCGCGCUCGGAGAUUACCGGGAGACGUCAUUGGCGUUGAUUAUGUAUCGGGCUAUUUUAGCGGUCGGAUGGAAAUUCAUUGUGAUGCCAUCCCUAACGGAGGGCGUGUUGUCAUCAUCGAUGAUUUGGUUGCGUCCGGUAAAACACUUAAAGUGACAAUGGAACUUGUUGAAAAGCUUGGUGGCGUAGUGGUGGAGUGCGGCUGUGUAAUCAAGACAAUUCAUGUUCCGGAAACGCUAGAGAAUAUCCCUCUUUACGGCCUAACGACGAUGUGA